CUGGCCUUGAGCUUGUGGCGGUCCUCCUGCCUCAGCCUCCCAAGUGCUGGGAUUACAGGCAUGUACCACCGUGCCCGCUAAUCUUAGACUUUGACCAUCUUUUAAAUUUGUUUUCCACAUUGGUUUUAGAAGAAGUAACCAGUCUUCAUUUUAGCCAUUUCCCACAAAUUUCAUAAUGGCUUUUGGUUUCAGAGUGUUUAAUAUAUUAGAGUGUCGGCAAGGUUAAUAGGUUUUUGUUGUGUUAAAAUAGAUUGUUUUUGCAGACUAUUUAAAAUAUCAGAGGGAAUGUGGACGUGUUUGUUGUGAAAGUUGGAAUGCUUUGUCUUUGAAGAAGGUAGGCAGGGGCGUCUUUCCUUUAUGUCAGUCUGAAGCUGUGGACAUUUCUAAUGAGCUGUCAGUAAGUGCCAAAAGGAACAGAAAGGCCAUUUCAAAUGGAGAUCAUUAAGAGCUAAUAGAGAAGGAGUCCGAGUUUUAAUGCAAAUGUUCAAUACGUGGGCUUUUUGGUUCAAAUCGGUUUGCCACUUGUUGCAUAACUGUGAAUAAAUUACCGCACAUAGCUCUGCCUUAGUUUCCUACUUUAGCAUGGGAAUAAUAAUAGUACCUCAAGUUGUUGAAAAAUGAAACAUAACAGACAUACAGGCUUCCUUCAUAAAAUAGUGUUCGUUCACCACCUGUUGGGUAUUCCCUGCCACCCUUUGCAUUUUUUCCAGGCCUGUCCUGAGGGAUCAGUUGAUUUCCUGGCCCAGGGACUCCUAAGUGAUUGGCACUGCUGUGACUUCCCAGGCACCUGUCUCGGGAGAGUUUUUCUCAGUUUGUCAUCAGCCAGCCCUCAGCUGAUGCAGUGUAGAAGGAAGUAGCUGAAGGAAUGUUCUGAGAGAGCUCUGGCUAUGCCGUGGCUGCUGCCUCCCUGCCGGACCUUCCUGGCAGUCACAUACUGGACCCUUGGCAGACCUUGCGUAGUCUCUCUGUCUCGAAACCCUCUCUACAGGUGGGCUUGGAGGCAUCUCGCUCUUGAUUCUCUCUUGCCUCACUCUCAGCUCCUCCCAGUGGGUUCCUUCUGUGACCCUGAAGAUGGGGAUGACUCAGUGCGAGAGCUUUUCUGCUUGGCUACGAAGUGCCUGUUACCGGGUGAAUCCGGGGGUGAGACGGAUGGCCAAGGUUGGUGCACACACUUGGCACCUGAGCCCGGGCCUUCCAAGGGCCGCAGUGCUUUUAGGCUUCAUAGCACUCACGCAGCUCGGGCUCAGGCACCCACUCAAGGCCACUGCCGUCUGACCCCCUGCAGUCUUGUGCCAUAGAGUCCUGUGUAGAUAGUGGUAGCUUUCAAGUUUUACCUCAGUGUCUUCCUCAAAUGCCAGGUGUCUUUUCCUACUAGAUGUCUCCAUUCAGUUUUGAGAAGGCUUCUCAAACUUGGUGUCUACACAAGUGAACCAUAGAGUUUUUUCCUUCUAAGCCUAUCCUUUGUCUUUCUCUCACUCCGGAAGGAACCAUUUCCACUCCUUCAUUUGCUCAGGACCAAAGCCUGGGAUUCAGCUUCGGUGUCUCUGUCUUAAACCCCACAUCUAAUCCAUCAGCAGGCCCUGUCAGCUUUGAAUAAGUCCAGUCAGACCAGCUCCUUACUACUUCUGUUGCAACCAGAUGGUCUGCACCACCAUUUCUUAUUUUGGUUCUUGAAGUCUUUUUUUAACCAGUCUCUGUUUUGGUCCUUGUCCCGUUACCGUCUGUUAUGAAUACAGCUGCCAGGAAGUUCUGUUUAAUGUGGGAAAUGAGAUUUUCCUUCUCUGCCCAGAAACUUUUUCUGAGUAAGUACAGAUCCAGCUCCAGCUCCAGCUCCAGCACCA